CACUCACUCACUCACUCACACACAGGCACGCCAAGACGCGCGUUCGUUCGCGAGCUCCGGUUAUUCGAGUGCGCGCGCUGGGAGAGAAGCACCCCUACACAGCCCAUCAUCAGCGUCAGUGGAAGAAAGCCUCGCGCUGCCUGCACCUAUACACUGACAGGGAGCGUUGGUUCGCUCGCUCGCCCUGAAGAUGGUCUGAAACUCAAGCGCGUGUCUUUUUUUCUCCUUCUCCUUCCGAUCCCCUGUGAAGAGCUUGAGCGGAGAGCUACAAUGUUGACGAGGCUUUUCAGUGAUCCCUCGCUGCUGCCCGACGUGCAGAAAUACUCGGGCUGGGCGGACAGCGAGGACGAGGAUUCCAAAAUAAAAAAUGAGGAUCGGGAUAACCAAGACGACACGGCUGGAUCUGAGCUGAGAGAAGACAGCCGGACGCAGUCUGAGCAUGCCGAAGACGAAGACGACGACGAAGACGACGACGACGACGAGGUGGAGGAAGAGGAUGACGGAGAGGAUACAGAGGGGGACAGGCCCAAGAAAAGGGGCCCCAAGAAGCGCAAAAUGACUCCGGCCCGUGUCGAGCGCUCCAAGGUGCGGCGGGUGAAGGCCAACACACGGGAGCGGACUCGCAUGCACGACCUGAACUCUGCGCUCGACAAUCUGCGUAAAGUGGUGCCCUGCUUCAAAACGCAAAAACUUUCCAAAAUCGAGACGUUGCGGUUGGAAAAUUAUAUUUGGGCCCUGUCGGAGAUAUUGCGGUCUGGAAAAAGGCCCGACCUUGUGGCCUACGUCCAGACGCUGUGCAAGGGACUCUCCCAGCCAACGACCAACCUGGUGGCGGGAUGCCUGCAGCUGAUCCGUAAUUUCCUAACCGAGCAGCAGUCAGACGGGGGGAGGUACGGGUCCGGCUCCUUCCCCAUGCAUUCCUACCCAUACCAGUGUGCGCGUCUCUCCAGCCCCCACUGCCCACCGGGCUCGGGGUCGAACUCGCAUCCGCUGAGAACGCACGGCUACUGCUCAGCUUACGACUCUGUAUACGCUGGGAGCGGAUCCCCGGAGUAUAACAGCCCCGAGUAUGAGGGGCCCCAAAGCCCGUGUGUCAAUGGGAACUUUUCCCUGAAGCACCAAGGCUCUGCGUCCCCCGACCACGAGAAGGGGUACCACUACUCUAUGCAUUACUCCGGCCUUCCUGGAUCCAGACCCACUGGGCCCCACAAUCUGGGGUUUGGCUCAUCGGGGGCCCGGACCGGCAUUCACUCUGAAAACGUCCCGCCUUACCACGACAUGCACUUACACCACGAACGGGCCCCCGUGUAUGAUGAACUCAACGCGUUUUUUUCACAAUUAAAACGAGAAGUCCGUCGUGCGUCCCCUGCAAUCAACAAUCUAACCACGGCACACUUUUUAAAGAGCUUACCCGCCAGGAUUUAG